AUGCAUCCUCGAACGCUGCACAAGGCCUUUCCGGACGCCUUAACGAACGCGGAACUCGUCGCCAUGGUCAGCAAGCGACUUUCCCAGUUUGGAUACCACAAGUACAACACGCUCUUGGCCACUUCCUUGUGUAGUGACGAAGUGACGCGUCCGCUGGAACAAGACUUCGGCGAAGUGUACGGCAAGCACUUUACCAUGGGCGGUUUGGCCGGUUUUCCGUUCGGUGGGUUGACGGGAUUCGGUGCCAUGGCUGGCCACAUUCCGGACGGCGGCUCGUGUUUAUUGAUUUACGGGUCGCACGUCGGAGUGAGUUGGGAAGGAAAGUGGGGAACGGUGGCUCGACGGGGUCGAGAAAAGGGUGGAGCGUGUUGUGGAAGUGCCGUGGCGGCGGCGCAGGCCGUGACGCAGGCCUAUCAAGCCACUCUCGACGAGUCGUCAUCAUCGUCGUCGUCCAGCGCUACUAGUACGCCGGUCUACCGUUACAGCAACGACCCUUUGGACGCGCAACAAGGGUACGUGCGGGAUAUGCUGCGUCCGUACGCGGCGACUUUAUCGGAAGCGGAGGACGUGAUGGUGACGUUACCGGUAUCCGUGUACGACGCCCAACAAAAGCUGGUGACGCGUAUUCUGGACGAAGGCAGCAACCACAUUGACGGGGAUGGGCAGAUCGCCGUGGUGGGUGGCAUUCAAAUCAACACUCCGAAGGAAAUGUCGGAUUUCUUCGUGGUCCGUCGGUUUUGUAUUCGUGACAGUUCGGGCAAUAUGGUGGAGAAUUUCAUGCCGCUCACGGCAGGUAGGGAAUGAGGAAGAAAGAAAAUGUUGUAUAUAAGUAGGUAGCGUCCACGGGCAUGCAAGGGAACGGAGGCUCACUCACAGUCAAUGAGAACAAUAUGCUUGUGAUCGUGUGGUCGUCGUUUGGAUCGGCCCGGUUGGGUUGACUGUGAUGUAUAGAUAGGUAUCAAAAUACACUGUAGGUAAAAUUGGUAUAUUGGU